GGAAGAUAGAAAGCUAUUUACCAGCAGCUACUUGAACCUUGAUAUAAUGAAAUGUAAUUGAUUGACAGUCAGUUCCUGGGCCCUUCGCACGCUCUCCAGCGUAUUCUUUAGAAUCCAUUGAGUUCCGCUUAUUUAUAAACCCUGAGUGGCUUUGCUCGCUCCGCUACACAUUGAGUCUUCAGGGAGUACAGCAUGGUUUUGGUCUUGAAAAUGGUCGAUUCUGUACGACCUGUAAUGAUAUUGACAACUUGGACAACCCCCUGCCUAUUGAUACCCGCAGCAGAACAGACUCUUGCGUUCUGUCAGCAGAUGUCGCCUCAACGUUGGAGUCCACAACUUCGGCAUUAUGAAUAGUGCCAUAGCGUAUGCGGCUUGGACAUUCUUUUUUUUGGCAAAGGCCAUGGGGUGGAGUCAACUCGACUUUCCCAUUCGAUCAGUAGGAAAUGAUAAGGCUUCGCAAUUGGUCAAGUCAGUCGUAGGCCCAUCGCUAUUUCAAGUCAGUGCUCUUGUUCCAUUAAUUGACCGUGUUCAUGAGUGGGUUGUAGAGGUCUAUAAAGGUAUCUUUGAUGUCUCCGAGUUGGAUAGUCUUUUUCACGCUGUGCCUGACAGCAUCAUGGCGGGUUUCUGUCUACAUGUGGCGAUUGUUCCCUGCUUCUUCGAUGCACCGCAGACAUCCUCAUGCUGGACUUGUAGUGGCAAGUCAUGUCACAAGUACCUCUGAACUGGCCUGUUUCCAAGAGGGUGUUGCUGUGACCAAUACUCUCAGGUUCAGCUAUCUAGUGUCGAUGUUGAAUGGGCGGGAAAGGUGAAAGGGGUUCCUGGUGUUUUCUUGAGCCAGGUAAGAUCAGGCAAGCAUUCUUUCCUUGGAAACCCUCUCCGCUGUAAUGCGACUGAAUGACUGAAGGAUAGACAUUAGACUUGAUGAUCCAGGCCAUUUUACAAUCGAGUCAGAGUCAGAAGUUGCAGUUGGCAAGCCGCGUGUUGUAUCGACUUGGCGGUCCCUAAUCUCGCGCUCUCCAACAAAACCUCAUAUCUAUCCGGUAUGGUGUAGUGGCUAACAUUUCGCGCUCUCAUAACCUGAGAGAUCUGUUCCGCGGAGCCCAGGGUUCGAUUCC